AUGACGGAUAAAAUUAAAUUUGAUUGUAAAUUAUUAGAUCGUUUUAGUAUUACUCAUGCACUUGAUUUGACUACUACUACUACUACUACUACUACUACUACUACUACUACUACUACUACUACUACUACUACUACUACUACUACUACUACUACUACUACUACUACUACUACUACUACUACUACUACUACUACUACUACUACUACUACUACUACUACUACUACUACUACUACUACUACUACUACUACUACUACUACUACUACUACUACUACUACUACUACUACUACUACUACUACUACUACUACUACUACUACUACUACUACUACUACUACUACUACUACUACUACUACUACUACUACUACUACUACUACUACUACUACUACUACUACUACUACUACUACUACUACUACUACUACUACUACUACUACUACUACUACUACUACUACUACUACUACUACUACUACUACUACUACUACUACUACUACUACUACUACUACUACUACUACUACUACUACUACUACUACUACUACUACUACUACUACUACUACUACUACUACUACUACUACUACUACUACUACUACUACUACUACUACUACUACUACUACUACUACUACUACUACUACUACUACUACUACUACUACUACUACUACUACUACUACUACUACUACUACUACUACUACUACUACUACUACUACUACUACUACUACUACUACUACUACUACUACUACUACUACUACUACUACUACUACUACUACUACUACUACUACUACUACUACUACUACUACUACUACUACUACUACUACUACUACUACUACUACUACUACUACUACUACCAAUAUUAAUAAUAAUAAAUAUUGA